AAUUUAUACUUUACCACGGUAAACGUGCGAUUUGAUUGGUGUAACGUGGUCAGCAUCGUGCUCCUUUUAUAAGCUGGGUCAACCUGCUGCAGAUAAUCUUCUAGCCGUGCAAAGGAUUGGUGAGUAAAUUCUAUUUUUAUUUUUGCUGUAGUGCACGGGCGGUGCUGUCACGAUCAGAUACCACGAAUAUUUCGUGAUUGCACCAAAAUACGAAAAAAGGUGACGUACCGUUAGGAUCGGAGCAAAAAAAUGAAGACCGCUUUAUGAAAAUGCCUUGGACCAGUGGCGCUUCUCAUCGCUUCGCCCACGAUAUCUUUGAUCAAGCGGGGUGCUUUAUCCAAAAUUGCCACCGAUCCACGCACUUCAAACAACCAAUUACGCCCCGUUCUUGGCAAUCCUCCAAAACAAUUGUCCCUCAUGAUCCACCAAUAGCACACCACUUUCUAAAACUGCCCUCUCAUCGUGUGCCAAAUAACAUUUGCGUAAGUAUCCUUGGCUGUUGCUCACCCUUAUGAACCAGCAGUACGUUAAGGACUUGUUAGGCUCAUCGAAGUAUGAUGAGGCCCUGGAAUAUCUUCACGGUGUUCUUGGGCGGUAUGAGAAACAGGAGGGGGAUGUUGAGAGCGACAAGGAGAAUCCUCCUCGUGAAGAUAGGAACAGAGACAGAGACUGGAAUGAAUAUGGGGAAGCAGACGAAAAACACGGUGGGAGUAGGAGAUGCACGAGGAAAGCAGAAUACAUGGAGAGAAAGGAGCGUGUGAAGGAAGAGGAUUACAUGCGUGCAACGAAGGAAGAGCAUGUAAACAUGGAUGACAGACAAGACUCUACGGACGAGCAGAACGACACGCUUACCACCAUAUCAGCAAUACACGCUCUACUUGGCGCGAUCUACCUCAAAAAGAACGAUAACCACCAUGCAGUAGCUCAUUCCACCCGAUCAAUCCAAACACUCGAUCAGCCCCUUGCCUUAUCAACGCUCACAUCCGCAUACAUCAAUCUGAGCGACUACCACUCAGCCUUGCGCUACUGCAAGCGGUACGGCAGAGUAAUAAACGAUUUUGAGGCAAAGUGUCGGUGUGCUGCUCUUUGUAUCAUGGUUGGUGAUUAUGAAUGGUUGGGAGGACUGGUCAGGGAAAUGGGACAGGAUUACGUGGACAUGUGGGUUAGGAUGAAGUGUGAUGAGCAGGGGAUGAACGAAGAGAUGGAGGAAUGGGAGUGUGAAAAUGUGUGUGCGUUGGAUGAUGGGGUGCGUAGAGAUGAUGUUUUUCUGGUUGAGGUGGUGAAUGAGGUGCCUGGUGAUGAGGAAGGUGGGUGUAUGAGGAGCGAGAAAUAUACGCGUAUGAGUGAUGAGGGAGACAGCAAGGUGCAUGAAAUGGUGGCCCGUACCGGCCCGGAUAAUGCGAGCUGCGAUAAAAUGAACGGAGACACGGCGUAUGGCCGUACUGUGCACGGUGCGGAUCAUAGCGAACUGCUCAAUGAAACAAUUCCUUACGGUCAGGUAAGCACAGAUGGCACGGCCAUGACAAUGAACAGGCGAACAGUGCUGUCGAUGUGCACGCUCCGCUUGAACACUCUCGACCCCACUCCUGAAACUGAUAGGGAGUACUUCAUGGACCUGUAUGCCGAUCAGCUGGGCAAUGGCCUGUUUGUUCAGGCGAUCAACACCCUCCAAAAGAUCUACAGCCUUGGAGAGCCCGCACUGCUCGUACCUCAUCUCAUCAAGACAGAGCAAACGGCUGUGCUCAAAAUGGUUCUGCGCACACACAAAUGCACAUGCAUCCAGAACAGCGUUGUAAAGAUCCUCAGCAGGAUUGCGUGCAACCAGAAGAGGAGUAAAUAUGAAAUGAUCCUGUUUAUGUUGGUUAAUGGGCGUACGGAGAUGGUGGAUGAGUUGCUUUACGUGGUUGAGGAAUACAUAGAGGGGGAUGGCGGGGAUGAAUGUGGAUGUGAGACGGAUGAG